CCCUCAUUCUGCUACGAGUACGAGCUGGACCGACUCAAGGAUUCACCGGAAAUUCAACCUGUGCCGCUGUCACAGUUAGGGGUUCGGUCCAAUAUGGCGGCAAACGGAUGGAAAUACUGAUGACAGUCCGAAAGAUCGCCUCGAUUUGUACGAUGGGCGCCAAUGCCUCUGCUUUGGAAAAGGAGAUUGGACCGGAACAAUUCCCAGUUAAUGAACACUACUUUGGGCUGGUCAAUUUUGGAAACACCUGCUACUGUAACUCCGUGCUGCAGGCACUGUACUUCUGCCGUCCCUUCCGGGAGAAAGUACUGGCCUAUAAGAUACAGCCACGACGUAAAGAGAGCCUGCUCACCUGCCUGGCUGACUUGUUCAACAGUAUUGCAACGCAGAAGAAGAAAGUUGGAGUCAUUCCACCAAAGAAGUUCAUCUCUCGGCUGAGGAAGGAAAAUGAGUUGUUUGACAACUACAUGCAGCAGGAUGCACACGAAUUCCUCAAUUACUUGCUCAACACCAUUGCAGACCUGUUACAGGAGGAAAAGAGCCAAGAGAGACAGCAGAAUGGAAAGGUGGUGCAGAAUGGUGCAGGUGGAGGAGGAGGAGUAGGUGGAAGCUGUAGCAGCACAGGAGAGGGUGAAAAAGGCGAAAAGACCCAGCAGACAUGGGUGCAUGAGAUCUUUCAAGGCACACUGACCAAUGAGACACGCUGCCUCAACUGUGAAGCGGUGAGCAGUAAAGAUGAGGACUUCCUGGACCUCUCGGUAGAUGUGGAGCAGAAUACCUCCAUCACACACUGUCUUAGGGGUUUCAGCAACACUGAGACCUUAUGUAGUGAAUACAAGUACUACUGUGAGCAAUGCAGAAGUAAACAGGAGGCUCAGAAAAGGAUGCGGGUGAAGAAAUUACCCAUGAUCCUUGCCCUGCACCUAAAGCGCUUUAAAUAUAUGGACCAGCUUCAUCGCUACACCAAGCUCUCCUACCGCGUGGUCUUCCCUCUGGAGCUGAGGCUCUUCAACACCUCUGGGGAUGCCACCAACCCUGACCGAUUGUACGACCUAGUGGCAGUAGUGGUGCACUGUGGGAGUGGUCCAAAUCGAGGUCAUUAUAUCACUAUAGUGAAGAGUCAUGGCUUCUGGCUUCUGUUUGAUGAUGACAUUGUAGAGAAAAUAGAUGCCCAAGCAAUUGAGGAAUUCUACGGUCUGACGUCGGACAUCUCCAAAAACUCUGAGUCAGGGUACAUACUCUUUUACCAGUCUAGAGACUGAGCCAAUGGGAGUGACUGACAGAAUGGGAGGGUGUGAUUUGUGAGGGACAGGAUCAGGCAGAAUGGGAGGCUUGGGCUUUGUUGACACUGCUCGGCCCCUACGCCAUCCCUCUCAGUCAAGUCCCUUUCAUCCAGGCUUAUCAGUGAACCAGAGCAUCAAUCAGGCCCCAGAUUGGAGCAGUUGAUGCCAGAGUGACCUGGACACAGCAUUGGCAGGCAGAAGUAAUCGCCAUCUGGUUAGCAGUCGUCUCGCUCGCCUGCUUUGUGUUGCGCAGCACACACAAACGCACAUAUACACAGUUGUGAAAUGAGCAACAUGUACGUCUCGAAGCCCUGACGACACUGUACAAACUUGUUUCUCACCACACUGUAACAAGAUUAAUUUUGAUUGAGGUAGCUUGAUGAUAGGGUUCACUUUUCUGCAUCACAUUUAUCGUGUAUGUAUCAUGAUCUAUACUUUGCCGCAAUCUCUUGGUCAGUCCAGAAACUCACACAAUGGUUCUUCACCCUACAACAAAAACUCUCCACCUAUGUUCAUCUGCAAUGUCAAAAAUUGCACAUCACGCUAUCUGUGAAACCAGGCAACCAGCUAGUUAUAAAUGUGUUGUGUUUGCAACAGAACAAAUGACUCCUGUUGUAAAUGAGCAAUGUAGAGCUGCUCUACCUUAAUGGAUAAACCUGAUGGGGUUUUAAUAAUCUUGAAGAGGAUAAGCAUUUAUAUGUCAAGAAGUUCACAAGUAAUGUUACGUAGGGCUUUUGAAGACAAGAAUGGAUUAAUGGGUGCUCUGUGGGUAUCAGAGCAGGGAGUGCGUGUAAAGGAUGUAUCUUAGCUUAAGAAUGCUCUUUCAUUAUUCAGUGCACUGCAAGUGAGUGUGAAGCUUGGAUUUGAUUGUGUCAUAUAGCAUAAACUUAAUGGUGCACUAAAUGUAGAGAUGGAAAUAGAAAUUAGGGCCUUACAUUAUUCUGAAUAUGAGUUGGAGCCCAUUAAUGGGUGUUAUAUUGAAACCAAAAGCUGCAUACAUUUCCUGUCAUAUUUCAUUAACACUGGCACUGCUGUGAGAUUGUUUAAGUUAUUGCUGACACAUUCAGUUUUGCCCUUUUUAACAAUAGAAAUGUUGGAUAAUUCAAACAUACCUGUUUCGACUAGGGCUCUAUUAUACACUCCAUUAUGGCGACUUGUGAAUCAGUAGGCAGAUUGAAUUGGCUGCAUCUGUAAAUAACUCUUCAUAAGAUCUCAACUGUGUUCUCCUCUGCCCUUUAACAAUCAUUUUUAAACUGAACAUAGCCCUAGAUGACAUGAAAAGCACAACAAUAUGCUGAAAUGCAGUUUAAGUCUGUUUGUAAGUGACAGGUUUAAGCUGUGACUUUCUCAAAUAUGCAUAACUACUCUGCAGUGGUUAGAUUGUUUAAAGUCUUUUAAAGUGUGUUGUUUCUCAUUUGUGGGUCCAAAAGGGCUUAUGUAGGAUGAGCCACUUCUCACAAUUGGCUCGCAGCUAGUAAAUAUUUGCAAGCAAAAUAAGCCAUCCUGUGAUUUAGUAAAACAUUGAAUGAAAAAGAAACCAAGCAAGGGAAUUUGUAAGAACAGACAAAAGUUUAAGUUUUCGUAAUGUUUUGACAUCCACAAAAAUGUUGUUUUCCAAGCCUAAUUUUAUUCCCGCCUAAUAUUUCUGACUUAAAUGUAUGGUUCGAGGAUGAAAUUGCUAUCUUAUUUUUAUAUUGGAGGUUUCCUGUGUAAGCUACACUGGUUUUAUUUGAUGGAUUGUUUGACAAGAAUGAGCUUUAAUCUGUGAGGGGUCAUAACUGACAGUGCUGCUGAUUAUUAUUCCAUAUGUCUACUUUGAAUCAGUGCAUGCAUUGUAUAACAACUCCUGAAAUUGUUAUAAAGCAUGUAUAAAGGGCUUAUAAACAUGGCACCAGUGACCGUGAAGAGGUUGUAAGCAUUUUGCCGGUCAGUGGACCUGUCUUAAAGGAAUAUCCCGGGUUCAAUGCAAGUUAAGCUCGACAGCAUUUUAUUGCAUUAUAUUGGUCAGCACAAAAAUUUAUUUUGACUUGUCCUUCCCUUUCUUUAAAAAAAAAAAAGCAGAAAUUUGGGUUACAGUGAGGCACUUACAAUGGAAGUGAAUGGGGCCAAUCUGUAAACGUUAAAAUACUCACCAUUUUAAAUGUUUAGCCAAAAGAAAUAAACAAUAUGCAUGUUAACAUGAUUUUAGUGUGAUAAAAUGACUUGCUAACCUUCUCUGUAUAAAGUUGUAGCCAAUUUUACAACUUCGUUGCCAUGACAAUGUAAUGUCAACAAAUCCUAAAAUGACUAAAAAUGAUGAUUUUAAUACCUUACGCUUAACACAUGAGUUUUAACAAAGGAAUUAAUGUGCUUCACAUUCAUGUCUUUAAACUCUCCAAAAUUUGGCCCCAAUUAUUUCCAUUGUAAGUGCCUCAAUGUAACAUUCAUUUUUUUUCUUUUUCUUUUUUUUUUUAAAGAAAAGGAGGGAUGUCAAAAUAAUGUUUUGGUGAUAAUCAAUAUUAUACCACAAAUGCGAUUGAGCUUAACUUGUAUUGAAUUCACAAUAUUCCUUUAAGUAAACUCAACUGCAUGUUCAAAUCAAUGGACAUAUGUUAUGUAAAUUCCACAUGCUGUGUCUUUAAAUUCAAAACAAGGCUUCUCGGUGCGGAGUUAACUGGAUAUUUAAUUUUUUUAAUUAUUAGUAGUUAUGGGGGAAGGGACAUUUAUUUGGGUCUUUUUUAUUUUUUUAUUUAUGUUUAAUAAUUAUAAAUGUUAUAUAAACUUUUCUUUGACAUUCUCUUUUUUUUUUUUUUUUGCUAAUCAGUCUUUUAUUUGGACAUAGGCCAGGGAUUGUUGAAGUAGAAAUAUAGGGGUGAUGACGUUUGCUUUGAAUGAUCAGAUUCAGACAAAGUUGUUUGUUAUAGAAACAUUUAUGCAUUCAUCACAGUAACAAUACCCAGGGUGCUAGCUAAUUUUGGCAUUGGCAGACAGACAGAAACUACAUGAGACAAAAACAAAAAUUUGGAGUGGCAUUAGUUUUGUGUAUCUUCCCCACCCCUUCCCUUAACAUUGUGUAACAAUGUUUAUUCCAAACUGGUUUUGAGGGAAAAAAAAGUGCACUUUCGAUAAAGCAAUGUACAAAUUAUAAACCAGGUGAAUGUUCUGGUUGUGGAGUGGAGUGGACAGUGUGGAUGAAAGAUGGGACUGGAUCAACCUGUCCCUAAUAAAAACGAACAUAAACACACCAA